AUGUCUAACACAUUAUUCGACGAUAUAUUCACCGUCUCAGAAGUAGACCCAGGUCGUUACAACAAAGUAGCGCGUAUCGAAGCCACAUCCACAACUCAAGAAUCAUGUAAAUUAACUCUAGAUAUAAAUACAGAAUUAUUCCCUGUACAAACUACCGAUCAACUUACAAUCACCAUUGCAUCCUCAUUAAACGUCGAUUCUGACUCUGGCAAUACAGAAGAUUCCGCUACUAGAAGUUGGAGACCUCCACUCCCUGGUGAUAGAUCCAUUGCUGACGAUUAUGAUUACGUCAUGCAUGGUACUGCUUACAGAUUCGAAGAAGUAAACAAAGAUUUAAUUGCUGUUUACUAUUCAUUCGGUGGUCUUUUAAUGAGAUUGGAAGGUAAUUAUAGAAAUUUAAACAGCUUAAAACAAGAAAGCGCUUAUCUACUAAUUCGUCGUUAA